AUGUUCUCGAUCCUUCGCAAACGAGCAGCGGAAGAAUUGCGAUCGGAUAUCCUUGCAUGGAUCGCACCAACGCUCACCCGAAAACCCAUUGAGGAUCAGCACACAGUCUUUGAAAAACGAGACCCAGAGACUGGUAGAUGGUUCCUUGACGGUGACUUGUUUCGUUCAUGGCGGAAUCCCAAUGGCCCCUUUCUGUGGAUGUAUGGGGAUGUUGGUUGCGGAAAGACUAUUCUGUGUUGUAGCUCAUCAAUUAUCAACGAGCUCAAAAGGUCGCAAGCCGGCACGGGUACAUGCCAAAGCACUAACCUUGUUUAUUUUUAUUUCACUUUCGAUGACGUUCAGAAACAAGAUCUUGGAGUGUUUCUGAGGUCAGCGCUAGAGCAACUAUGUCCCAGAGAUGGAAUACUGCCUCAAGUCGAGGAUCUCUACCAACGUUGCGAGCCAGACCCACCUUCCACGUUCGAGCUCCAACAAACUUUCCUCCAAACCCUUCGUUCUGUCAGCAAAUCAAAUACGCAGUCAUCUCAUGCUGGAGACUCCAAAUCUCACGAAGAAUCAAGUUGCAAUGGCACCAGGCACACAUAUAUUGUGCUUGAUGGACUAGACGAAGUCCAAUAUGGGCCAAAAAGGAACGCAAUUCUCAAACUUCUAAGGAUGAUAUCCGCACUCGACCUAAGACAAUUACAUCUACUCGUUUCGAGCAGGCGAGAGACGGACAUUGAGGUUGAGCUUCUUUCUAUUGUGCGGUGGCAACCCCUCCAAGUCACCCAACAAAAUAUCGAGAAGGAUCUGAAUAUCUUUGUCACUAACCAGAUAUCAGAGAGCCAAAAGCUCAGAAGUCAGUCAGAGCUCGUGAAGGAUGAAAUCAAGCAUAAACUCGUUGGUGGAGCGAAUGGAAUGUUCCGCUGGACAGCGCUCCAGAUGCAGGAGCUAAACAAGAAGCACAUUCAUACAACUUACGACCGCAUCCUUACCAAUGUUGAAGCCUCAUUGGUACAUGAGGCAGUCUCGAUUUUGAAAUGGCUGUCCUGUUCCGGUCGGCCUUUGUUCAUAGAAGAACUUACCGAAGCCUGCAUAAUUCACCCCGAAGAGGACCCUGCUAUAGAAAUUGACAUGCGCCUCACCCCAUCAGAUAUUCUGGAAAUUCUUCCAGGUCUCAUUGCUGUGGACCCCCCUAUUGAUGUCUCUAAAAAGGACUUCGAGGCUAGAAGGCACAUAUUCAGCUUGGCACAUUUUUCGGUUAAGGAAUACCUCUUCAAACGUGGCACCUUCGUCAUCGGCUCUCAGAAUAUCGAGCUAAACGCUGUUCUUGCACAGAAACAUAUCGUCGGAUGUUGCCUUUCCUAUAUAAGCUUUUGCCAGCUCAACAACUCGUAUGUCCAAAACGAGCAAUCGGCACGCGAAUUCCAUAAAGUUGUGCCUUUGAGAUUAUACGCAUAUUCUCGCUGGGCGUUACAUGCUGCUCCGAUACCAGACGAGCAUUCUAAAGAGUUUGUGACGAAAUCAAUUCAAUUGCUUUGCCAGCCAAAGAUAUGCCAUGAAUGGAUGACACUCACCACAUUAGCGAAUAGUUUGAAUGAAGAGAUCAAGCCUUGCGUUUUGGGACCCCCACGGUCUUGGCAUUCGAAGCAGAAUUGGCCUCCAAGCUACCUGCUCUGCUACUCCGUUGUCACUGGCAAUACAAAGAUUGUGGAAUCGUUGUUGAAGAUGGAUGUGCCGAUAUCAGGACCACAUGCUAUUGGUGAACCGUUGCGACUUGCGGCAGAACCCAACCAGACCAGUCUUGUGGAUAUAUUACUCAAGGCUGGUGCUAGCAAAGAUAAAGCCUUGGUUACUGCCUUACAGAAAGGGAACGAAGAUAUCGCUUGGCGAAUACUCCAGAGCUCGGAAAUUGUAGGCAGCGAUGAGCUGAUAGCCGCGGCGAAGUGUAGCUCAUCCAUCUUGACGAAAAAACUCAUUGAGAAGGCAGCCAAUGUGGAGUUGAUUGAUAUCAACAGGGCUAUUCUUGCAGCGAUAUUGUCUUCGAAUUUUGACACCGCGAACGCUUUGCUCGGUGGGAUGAUUGCGAGAGGUCAACUUAGCAAUAUUAUAUCGCAGGAAAGCAGCUCCAGUGAUGGAGAGACAGUUUGGCAAGACAUCUUAUCUUCAGCUACAACACUCGACUCUCGAUCUCUUUUGCGUUUUCUGCUUCAAGAGGUUCCUUUGGAUGUCAUCGAAAGACUAAAUACCCAGGAUUUGUAUUUGCUUUCAGUCGUCCUAGGAUGUUCACAAUCCACCAGGGCUUUCGUAUCUUACCCUUGGUUCAAAAUACCACCAGUAGCAAGAACACUCGCGAAGCAUUGGGAAAGUCUCUCUAUCAGUAAUCCAAUCUCAACUAUGGUUGUUGGUGUCCACGAACUUUGUACUGGAAGAGACUACCCUAUUGCUAGCGAACCGAUACAAGAGAGUACACUGGAGACAUGGAACUUGCUCUAUCGAUGGAGGCCCGAAAUUGUAUCUUCUAUGCUGAAGAAAUGGGGAUUCAAGACGAUUGACCAAAUCAGGAAGGGAGAUCCUUGCUUUGAGACUGAUUAUCCCCAAAAGUCCAGCAUACAACGACACCGGGUUCAGCCAUUUUCAAAUUUGGACGAUUACAAUCUAGACCUGACAUGUCAAAGGAUGUCUCACAAAUAUAUUUCAGAUUUGUUAAAGUCUUCAAGUCAUGCAUUGUAG